ACACACCCCCUACCUUCCCCCCCAACCCCUUCUCUCUCCCCUUAUUUCUCUCUCCUCAAUUUUCUUUCAAAAAAUUAAAAUUUGUGCAUGUUUUGAUCACAACUCAGUAUUUAUUUCUCCAAACCCACAUGGGUAAAACUCUAAAAAACACAACCCAUCGGUGUGUUUUAUUAUUACCUCAUGCUUGAGUGUUUGUGGGUGUCAGAACACAAAACAAGGUAUUUUAGAAGCUGAGAGAGAGAUAGAGGAGAGAGAGAGAGAGAGAGAAGGGGAGGAUUUGUUAUUCUGGGGCUCUGGAGCAUAGGAAAUGGUGAGAGAGUGAAUUGGAAUUGGGUUUCUUUGAAUGGUUGCUCUGUGUUGGAUGGAUUUGGUGGUGGGAGGUGUGCUUGAAUGGAUAAAAACUCAGAAUAAUUGGUACUAUUUUGAUCACAGAAGAAGACAGCACCAAUGUACAAAAACACAAACAGUUAUAGAAGAACAAACAAGACACACAAUGUCCUCAAACAUGGCUCCUAGCUAUUGCAAGGUCUCCCCAAUCAUUUCCAUAUUUGUUUUCUUUCUCUUUCUUGCUUCCUCUGUUUGUCCGGUCUGUUCAUCAGAAUCCGGUGACGAUAAUCGAGUCAAUCAGACUCUCCGGCCAGGCGAAGAGAUUCAGAAAUUGAAGAUGAUUAAAGCCCAUCUCAACAAGAUCAACAAGCCUCCUGUCAAGACAAUUCAGAGUCCUGAUGGUGAUGUGAUAGAUUGUGUUGUUUCUCAUCAACAACCAGCAUUUGAUCAUCCUCAAUUGCAAGGAAAAAAGCCAUUGGAUCCACCGGAGAGGCCGAAAGGCCAUAACCCGACUGCCAUGGUUUCGGAAAAUUUUCAGUUAUGGAGUUUGUCUGGUGAAUCAUGUCCAGAAGGAACAAUUCCAAUUCGAAGAACAACCGAACAAGAUGUUCUACGAGCUAGCUCUGUUCAAAGAUUCGGAAGAAAACUCCAAAGACCGGUACGACGAGACUCUUCUAGCAAUGGCCAUGAGCAUGCAGUGGGGUAUGUAAGUGGAGAAGAGUACUAUGGAGCGAAAGCGAGUAUAAACGUAUGGGCACCGCAGGUAGAUAAUCAAUAUGAGUUUAGCUUAUCUCAAAUGUGGGUUAUCUCCGGUUCAUUCGGUGAUGAUCUCAAUACCAUUGAAGCUGGUUGGCAGGUUAGCCCAGAGUUGUAUGGGGACAACUAUCCUAGGUUCUUCACUUACUGGACUACCGAUGCAUAUCAAGCAACAGGGUGCUACAAUUUGCUGUGUUCGGGUUUUGUUCAGACAAACAACAUGAUUGCAAUUGGGGCUGCAAUAUCGCCAACUUCGUCAUACAGUGGUGGACAAUUCGAUAUCAGCUUGUUAGUCUGGAAGGAUCCGAAGCAUGGGAAUUGGUGGCUUGAAUUCGGAUCCGGAAUUCUAGUCGGGUAUUGGCCAUCAUUUUUGUUCACACACUUGAGAAGUCACGCGAGCAUGGUACAAUUUGGUGGAGAAACCGUAAAUAGUCGACCAUCGGGUUUCCACACAUCGACCCAAAUGGGUAGUGGCCAUUUUGCCGGUGAAGGAUUUGGAAAAGCAUCUUAUUUUCGAAAUUUACAAAUUGUGGAUUGGGACAACAAUUUAAUUCCUUUAUCGAAUCUUCGAGUAUUGGCGGAUCACCCAAAUUGCUAUGACAUUCAAGGAGGGAUAAAUAGUGUUUGGGGGAAUUAUUUUUACUAUGGAGGACCUGGAAGAAAUGCAAAAUGUCCCUAAUUAAAUUUGAGUAGAAAUUUCGAGGAUUGAAAAUUUCAAUAUGACUGUGUACUCGUCCAAUGACAUACAGUCAUAUUGUUAUUUUGUCCCUACUUCCUUGAAAAAUGAGGACUUAUAGUGUUUUGGAAUAUAGAGAAAGGUAAAAGAUUUUUCCUUUUUUUUUCAUUUUCUUUUUUUGGGGGUGUUUGGGUUCUUCUUCAUUGAAUUUGGGUUAUUCUUGUAUUUAUUUUUCUUUGUUAAUCCAUUUUUCUUUCUCAAUCUAACAGGUGAUCUAUUAAUUA